UUUUGAGGCGCUAUCUAUCCGCCAGUAACUAACAUCAAGCUGUCAAAGUGACGUUCUAGAGCGUUCUAACCCCACUUUUCCGAAACAGUGCAAAUUAACCGUUAUUUCUGCUUGUUUACAAUAUGCCUAAAGUGCGCCGCAGCAAAAAACCGCCCCCAGAAGGCUGGGAACUGAUCGAGCCAACGCUUGACGAGUUGGAGCAAAAAAUGAGAGAAGCUGAGACUGAAUCACACGAAGGCAAACGCAAAAACGAAUCUUUAUGGCCUAUAUUCAAGAUACAUCACCAAAAAUCGCGCUACAUUUACGAUUUGUAUUACAGAAGGAAGGCGAUUAGUCGAGAGUUGUAUGACUAUUGUUUGGUGGAAAACAUCGCUGAUAAAAAUCUCAUUGCCAAGUGGAAGAAGCAAGGUUAUGAGAAUUUGUGCUGUUUGAGGUGCAUUCAGGCAAGGGACACAAAUUUCGGGACAAACUGCAUUUGUCGGGUGCCAAAGGGGAAAUUAGAGGAGGGCCGUAUCGUCGAGUGCGUUCAUUGUGGGUGCAGAGGAUGCUCGGGUUGAAUAAAAACACUCAUAUUUAAUCAAUUUUUAUGUUAUUACCUGUCUAGAAUAAACAAUUAUGCGCAAAAA